CUCUGAGUUGCCGUAGUUGUAGUUUGUUGGUUCAGAACUGAAUCAGACACUGCUGAAAUACAAGUGGAAUAAACAGCUAGUGACAUAAUCAUAUCAUGAGUCGAUCGUACAAUGACGAGUUACAAUAUUUGGACAAGAUUGACAAGAACUGCUGGCGAAUCAAGAAAGGUUUCGUCCCAAAUAUGCAGGUGGAAGGAGUUUUUUACGUCAACGAGUCCCUGGAGAAGCUGAUGUUUGAGGAGCUGCGUAACGCGUGUAAAGGAGGAGGUUUUGGUGGGUUUCUCCCCGCCAUGAAACAGAUUGGAAACGUUGCAGCUCUGCCGGGUAUAGUCCAUAAGUCCAUCGGCCUGCCAGACUGCCACUCAGGGUAUGGGUUCGCCAUAGGAAACAUGGCUGCCUUUGACAUGAGCGACCCCAACGCUGUCGUAUCCCCAGGUGGUGUGGGGUUUGAUAUUAACUGUGGAGUGCGUCUACUAAGGACCAACCUAGAUGAGGGAGACGUCCAGCCUGUCAAGGAGCAGCUGGCUCAGGCCCUGUUUGACCACAUCCCUGUAGGAGUCGGCUCCAAGGGAGUCAUCCCUAUGACUGCCAAGGAUCUAGAGGAGGCUCUAGAGAUGGGAGUGGACUGGUCCCUCAGAGAAGGCUAUGCCUGGGCAGAGGAUAAGGAGCACUGUGAGGAGUAUGGCAGGAUGCUGCAGGCCGACCCCAACAAGGUCUCCUCCAAGGCCAAGAAGAGAGGCCUGCCUCAGCUGGGUACUCUGGGGGCAGGGAACCACUACGCUGAGAUCCAGGUGGUGGAUGAGAUCUAUAAUGACUAUGCUGCUAAGAAGAUGGGCAUCGACCACAAGGGCCAGGUGUGUGUGAUGAUCCACAGUGGCAGCAGGGGGCUGGGCCACCAGGUGGCGACAGAUGCCCUGGUUGCCAUGGAGAAGGCGAUGAAGCGAGACAAGAUCCAGGUGAACGAUCGUCAGCUGGCGUGCGCCCGUAUCUUUUCAGAGGAGGGACAAGACUACCUGAAAGGAAUGGCUGCCGCCGGCAACUAUGCCUGGGUCAACCGUUCCUCUAUGACCUUCCUCACACGACAGGCGUUUGCCAAGGUGUUCACCACCACUCCUGAUGACCUGGACAUGCAUGUGAUCUAUGACGUGUCUCAUAACAUCGCCAAGGUGGAGGAACACAUGGUGGAUGGGAAACAGAAGACUCUGCUGCUGCAUCGCAAGGGAUCCACCCGGGCCUUCCCUCCACACCACCCCCUCAUCCCUGUAGACUACCAGGUACCCCCUUCAUCCACCCGGGCCUUCCCUCCACACCACCCCCUCAUCCCUGUAGACUACCAGCUGACAGGCCAGCCGGUGUUGAUCGGUGGCACGAUGGGCACCUGCAGUUACGUCCUGACGGGCACGGAACAGGGCAUGACGGAGACCUUCGGCACCACCUGCCACGGCGCGGGUCGGGCUCUGUCUCGGGCCAAAUCCCGCAGGAACAUCGACUUCCAGGACGUGUUGGACAAGCUGGCAGACAAGGGUAUCGCCAUCAGGGUGGCUUCGCCCAAACUAGUCAUGGAAGAGGCUCCGGAGUCGUACAAAAACGUGUGUGAUGUCGUCAACACGUGUCACGAUGCUGGAAUCAGCAAGAAAGCCAUCAAACUACGACCCAUCGCCGUGAUCAAGGGGUAAGGCUGCACCACUCUGCUAGUGGCACUCCCUCCAGGAGCCAAUCACCAGGCAGAGAGCUGGCGGAGGAGCCAAUCACCAGGCAGAGAGCUGGCGGAGGAGGAGGAGCCAAUGGGGAAGUGUCUGACUGCGAGUGAGCAUGUCCGUCUUCAUAGACUGACUUGACAAGAGAUCGGUUUCCUCCACUCCACUUCCUGUUUAUGACCAGUGUGAUUAUUUUGACAUGGGGGGUGAUUUGUUCGUUGAGUGAUCAAUUUAAUUGGACCGGAUGGGCUCUUUAAUAUUGUCAAGUCUGAGAGGGUGAAGUGUCUUAGGUUUACUUUUCAUUCAUGGCAAAAUCACUGUUGAAUAUAACCUUGAGAUUCAGGUUAACCACAGAUAAUAAAAUACAAGACGACAGA